GAGAGGGGUUAUAAAAUUUGGCAUUGGUAGUUGUGAAGUAUCCGAAAUUGUCAAGCGUCGACCGCUCGGGAAUUGUCACCAGUCGUCUUCUUCAAUCUCCAUACUUCAACCACCAUGAACAUCAAGUUAGUAACUUUCACUUUUUUUCUUAAUGAAAUCUUCUUCCUAUUUGUAUCCGUCCUCGUCUUCUGCGAUUCAUCCGAAUCAAGUUUUACUCACUUUCGUAGUGUUAAGGCCAAUAUUUGUAUGUUGACAAAAAAAAAAAAAAAAGGCCAAUAUUUGUAUAUUUUCCUUUCUGUUGAUAAUUUCAACUCUACAUUUGCAUUUAAAUCGUAUACAAUCAUUUCGGUUUAAACUCAAAAUGUGAAUAUUUGUACAGAAUCUAAAGACUAUUGGCUAUAAGGUCUUGCAGUACAUCUUUAGUUUUUCUAUUCUCACAGUUUGACAUAAAAUCAAAUUAAGAAUUAGUAAGCCACAUGUUUCUCUGUUUUGAAGAUGCAUUUCUUAUGAUUUUCUUUAAAAUUUGUACUAGUAAUUUUGUGUGCAUGUGUUUCACUGAAUGUUCAUAUAUAGAAUGGGUAAGCUUUAUGGAAUCUCCAUUUCUCUCAUCCUCGUCAACUUAGCCACGAUGAUGCAACGAGCAGACGAAAAACUCAUUCCUUCGGUUGCCAAAGAAGUGAAAGAAACAUUCAAUGCAACCCUCUCUGAUAUUGGAUACCUCACAUUUAUAAGAAAUAUUGUUCAAGGACUUGCCUCUCCUUUAGCCGGUUUAUUUGUCAUCAGUUAUGACCGCCCAACAGUUUUCGCAAUCGGUAGUUUCUGUUGGGUCUUAUCAACUUUUGCAGCUGGAGCUAGCCACUACUUCAUUCAGGUUACCCUUGGUGUGGCACUCAAUGGGUUUGGACAUGCGAUUGUUUACCCAGUGCUUCAGUCGAUAAUUGCGGAUAGCUUUAGUGAUAGUUCGAGAGGUUUUGGUUUUGGUCUAUGGGGUCUCAUUGGUACGGUUGGAGGUAUAGGGGGAACCGUCGUGCCAACAAUCAUGGCUGGUCAUGAUUUCUUGGGGACCCCAGGAUGGCGAUGCGCCUUUAUAUUGAUGGCAACGAUGAGUGCGAUCAUCGGGGUUCUUGUUUUUUUCUUUGUCACUGACCCGCGGACAAAGAAAAGUAGCAGCUUCAUUUCUCAUGCUCAUGAACGAGAUGAACUAAUGGUUCAUAAAGCAAAGAACUAUGAUGCUUCAACAAUUAUGAGCUCGGUUUGGAUGGAAUCGUGGGUGGCCAUAAAAGAUGUAACCAAAUUACGAACAUUUCAGGUCAUCGUAGUGCAAGGGAUCGUGGGUUCGGUGCCAUGGACUGCAAUGAUUUUCUUCACAAUGUGGUUCGAACUUAUUGGUUUUGAUCACAAUAAGACGGCAGCUCUAAACGGCGUAUUCACCACUGGACAUGCAAUAGGAUAUUUAGUCGGAGGAAUAGUCGCAGACAAAAUGUCUCGUAUAUUCCCAAACUCAGGCAGAAUAAUGUGUGCACAAUUCAGCGUUUUCAUGGGCGCUAUAUUCUCCAUUAUUCUUUUAAGAAUGAUCCCACAGUCCAUUGACAGUUACUACAUCUUCUUGGUCACUCUUUUUCUAAUGGGUCUAACCAUAACUUGGUGUGGACCAGCCAUUAACUUUCCUAUCUUAGCUGAGAUUGUUCCUCCUAAGCAUCGAACCAUGAUCUAUGCCUUUGAUCGUGCACUCGAAGGAUCUUUGUCGUCAUUUGGUGCUCCUUUGGUUGGGAUUUUGUCGGAGAAAAUGUUCGGAUUUGACUCAAAUGGAACUGACUUUAUUAAAGAUUCUGGUCGUGCAGCCGAGGCGUUGUCCAAGGGGAUCUUCUCAAUGAUGGCUGUCCCGUUUGGAUUGUGUUGUCUUUGUUACACACCAUUAUAUUUUCUUUUUCAGAAAGAUCGAAAAAUAGCUAGAACUCCGAGUUCAAGGGAAAUAGAGAUGAUAUGAGAAUUAUCUUGUUCACAAUAAUUAAAGCUGUCUCGGCCAGUAAUUUUUUUUAACUAUGUACCGGUGAAACAAUCAGGUUUUCAUGUUUAUUUUAUAAGAAAAUAUUACAUUA